AUGGAUCUCAUGAACCGAGUAAGUAAACCGUAUCUCGAUGACUUUGUUAUUGUGUUUAUUGACGACAUUCUCAUAUACUCAAAGAGCGAGGAAGAUCACGAGCGGCACUUACGACUUAUCUUGGAGCUCCUGAGGAAGGAGCAACUCUACGCGAAAUUGUCUAAGUGCGACUUCUGGAUUCGAGAGGUACACUUCCUUGGGCACGUUGUUAAUGAAUUGGGGAUACACAUGGAACCUGCAAAGGUUGAUGUUGUCAAGAGUUGGGUGGCACCGAAGACUCCUUCUGAGGUGCGACAAUUCCUUGGCCUCGCUGGGUAUUAUCGGAGAUUUAUUAAGGAUUUUUCGAAGAUCGCGCAACCUCUCACCUCGUUAACACAAAAGGGCGUUGUGUACUCAUGGGGAACGAAACAAGAAGAGGCUUUCCGGUUGUUAAAACAGAAACUAUGCAGUGCACCGAUUUUGUCUCUACCUGAAGGUACGGAAGAUUUUGUGUACCACCCGGGCAAGGCUAACGUGGUGGCUGAUGCUCUCAAUCGAAAGGAAUCAAAGCCCAAACGAGUUCGUGCCUUACAGCUCACCAUUCAUUCGAAUCUACCUGAUCAGAUCCGUGCUGCUCAAACCGAAGAGCUAAAGGAAGAAAACUAUGAGGCGGAGUAUUUGCGGGGUAUGCAAAAACGACUUAUAAAGAGAUCUGAUGGCAUUCUCUAG